UCAGUCUCACUACUGCUGACUGAAAAACCCUAUAAAUCUCUUUCCUAAUACUUUCUUGGGAUCUGGGUCUCCUUUAUUUUCCCAGAAAAACCAUUAACUCUCUUUCACAUCCAUAAACGCUCCUUCCAUCUCAAGUAAAAAAGAGCUCCAUUGAUUCCCAUGUUUGAUAUUUCUUACGGAAUAUUAUGACACCCGAGUUGAAAAGCACUGUUCAAUUCUCCUGUUAUAAUUACACAUAUUUCUAGAAAGUAUUAAAGUGAAAGCAUAUAUAUGGAUGAUGAUGACCCAGGGUAUGUAAUGUAACCUCUAAUCAAGGGUCAUUUUGAACUUUUGCCAAAUAAAACCGAAGUGGGGUUUGUUUUUUCUUCUGUUUUGGUAACUUACAAAGAACUAGAUGGCUCAUUCACCAGACAAAGGAGUUAACCCUCGUUUGGUUUUGAGGGCUAUCUUGUUUAUGUUUGGUGUUUGCUCGGUUGGGUACAGCAUAAGGCCACUAUGGUACUUGCGCUUGAGGGAGAAAGCAACAGCUCAAGGUUCAUCGUGCCCACAAUGUCAAUGUCAUUGCUCCUCAAACGGUUUCUUUCCCCUACCUUCAGACAUAGAUUGUGCUAAAGAUGAUCCAGAGAUGAAUGAGGAAAUAACAAAGGGUAUAAUGACUUUGACCCUGGAAGAGCUAGAGUUGCAUAAAUCUGUAGCCAACGAAACCUUGGAACACACCAAGGUACUGGUUUUGGAUGCUAGAAGAGCUUCUUCACACUACCAGAAAGAAGCAGAAAAGUGCAAUGCCGGAGUAGAAACUUGUGAGGAAGCAAGGGAGAGAGCUGAAUCACAACUUAUAGAAGAGCGCAACCUUUCGACAUUGUGGGAGGAACGAGCUCUUAAGCUUGGGUGGAAAGAUAGCAGAAGAUUAUUUUCAUGAACAUAGCUGAUUUAUAAUCUAUCACUUGCUUUUAAGGAAUAUAGUUGAUGUUUUUCUUGCAAUACCAAUUUCAGCUGCAAUUGUAACUUGUAUAAUGAAUGAUUUUUGUUUACAAAAUUUAUCGUCUCAGUUUGACAUU